AAAAAAGGGAAACAUUGACAGCUAUGCCCCACUUGCUGGAAAGGGCUUUUGGUUUUUUGAAGGAAGGGUGACUGAUUUCAAAAGAUGCCUUAAGAAGAAACCAGCUGAGGUGCUCCUCCCCCCCAGAGGACAGGUAUAGAAAACCCCCAUGAAUGUUUAUGGUUGAAGAAGCAUUCUGUGCUACCCAGAAGCUUACUUCCAGAAGGGCAAAAAGGAACAGAAAUUCACAUACACAACACCCCAGCUGUGUUGCUGAUGCCUCUGCUGGGCAGCAACUGCUCCCUCCCAGGAACAGCCCCCCCCAGCUGGCCAGUGUGACAUCACAGCUUCAGCCAGGUAGCCCCGCCCCUCUGCAGGGUGUCAUCACUGAUGCUGCGGCAGCAGAGGAGCCCGGCUGCUGCUGGCUGGCUUGGCUGGCUGGGCCAGGGAGGGCCGAGAGUGGCAACGGAGGCCCCCCCGAGGCAUGCUCACCCCCUUGAGUGCCCAUGUCUAGAGGGGCCUUGGCUCGCAAGCACAGUGCUGGGGAGGAGCUGGGCCUGGAAGGGGGCUUGCUGUGCCAGCUGGUCCGCUCCCCGGAUUACAACCUGUUCCCCAACUCGGCGGUCUUUGAGAGCAACUUCAUCCAGGUGACCAAGAAGGGGAAAUGGGUGGACAUCACGAAUUCGCCCACCAUCGUGACCAUGGGAGUGACUUCCUCGGACCCCUGCCUGCCGCUCCCCAACGUCUUGCUGAUGGGGCGCCACAGGGUACCGAUCCGGAGGAGCCACAGCAAGGCUUUAAGGCGUCCCCCUCUAGAGCUGACCAGGCUGCUUCCCCUGCGCUACGUCCGCCUGUCCGUCCACGAUGAAGCCCAGCGCAUCCUGCGCAUUCAGACUGUGACGGGGAAGGUCUACUACCUGCAGCUGCACCAGGAGCACCCCCACGCCGUCUUUGCCCUGUGGAGCCGCCUGGCCGAGAUCCUGCAGAAGGGCCUCUCCAUCACCACCAAAGACCCCAACAUUCGCAUCCGCCACAGCUUGGUCCCCAGCGGCAGCAGCCCCUCCAGCAGCUCCUCCGGUGAGUACGUGGACAGGGCAACCCGGGGAAGGAGCGCAAUGAAGAAAGCCGGCAAGAAGGUGACGGGUGCCCUCGCCCACAUCUCGAAAAGCCCCCCGAAGGACAAAGGCAAGAGGAAGGUGUCCUUUCAGGGAGAUUACAAUGACGAACUCUCGGCUCUGUCCAAUGACAUUAAAGGGGCGCCUUUGCAGUGCGAUCUGAGCCCUCCCGCUUCCUUCACCCGCUUCCCUGUCCUCUGCCCCUCAGUGCUGUUCUACGACAUGCCCGCCCCCCUGGUUUGUGCCCGGUGCAAAGGGCGUCUCUCCAAGAUGUCCCGCCGGCACAGCCGAGAGCGCAGGCCCUCCGAGACGGAUUUGGACCUCCUGCCUUGGAUGGACAGCAGGAGCUACGGACUCUGGCAGCAAGAGACGCCUUCGUGGCUGCAGCCCCUCAACCGGCUGAGCAGCCUGGCUGCCGCAGGUCUGAAGUAGAGAGAUGGGCAGAGGCGCUUCGGCUCGGUCUGGGCACUGGAGAUGAAGGCUGGGCAGCGAUGCCACUGGGGAAACUGAGGCACCGGCUGGCAGAGACUAGAGAGAGAAAUCCAAAGCAUAAUAAAACUAUAUGGCUGGCUGUGA